AUGGCUGACUCGCCCGAGACGGCGCGAGCCCGUGAUAAGGUCCACCACACGGUGACUGCCUGCGUUCGAUGUAGACAAAGAAAGACACGGUGCGACCCCACUCUCCCCCGAUGUGAGCCAUGCGAGAGGAGCAAUGCACACUGCGAAUACUACGACUCCACUAAGAAUAGGACCAUUCCGAGAACAUACAUCACAUCUCUGCAGGAAACUGUACGCCGACUCAAUGAAGAACUCAAGGCUCUGCAGAAAGAGGAGGACUAUGAGCCCGACCACGAGGCUAUGGCGCGUGGCGCCGGCCUAGUCAAAUUCAGUGAGAACGACGAAUGCCGGUUCCUGGGUCCCUCGAGCGGCAUUGCCAUCACCCGGUUCGUUAUGGAGUUCGCAAAACAGAACUCUAUCCGGAGGACCAUCAAGGACGUUGUGCCGCAGCAUGCUGCUCAAGAGAUCAAAGACAAGUUCGAUGAGGAGAGCAGCAAGCCUACGUCGAAAGUUUAUCCUCUCAUCAGCUCAGUCGCUGCUCCCGAACUCCCAAAUCGUGAUCUCAUGGAUCGUCUAGUCGAGAUUUACAUGGUUAAAGCCCAAUACAUGCUCCCACUUCUUCACGAACCUUCUUUCCGCAAAGAGCUCCAGGCUGUGUAUGACGGUUCAAACGAUCCUACUCUCAAUUUUCAGGUCCGCCUUGUUGUUGCAAUUAGCAUGCAAAAGCUAGACCCGCGAUACGCCGGACUCGCCGACAGCUAUUAUCUGGCUGCCCUGCCUUUUUUAUCGAGCGCUGUCCAGAAGAUGGAUGUGUCAACGCUUCAGUGCUUCGCGCUUAUCGCCCAAUAUUCACUGCUCACACCAACUCGAACAGCAGCAUAUUGGGUGGUUGGGAUUGCGGCAAGGCUAUGUCAAGAGCUGGGCUUGUGUGAAGAAGAGACGAUUCAUCGACCGCCUUCUGGCGUCCGGCCCAACGCUCUGGAAGUGGACAUGCGACGGCGAUUAUUUUGGAUCAUAACGUCCAUGGAGUACGGUCUCGCACACAGUCUCGGAAGACCGAGCGCCUUUGGUGUGACUGUGGACAAUAUCAACGUCAAUUUUUUCGAGCUUUGCGACGAUAAAUAUAUCAGUGCGGACGGACUGUUACCAGGUCACCAUGCAAUCAUGAAGAAAUGUAUCUCAAUCCAUUUUUUCAAGAUGAGGCUGCUCCAGGCCGAGAUCAGGCGAACUCUGUAUCUCAAGAAGCGCGAGGCACCGAUGCACGGCCAAGACCCAUGGUUUCACCAGAUGCUGACCAAGAUCAACAACUGGGUUCAUGAUUGUCCGAAGAACGACGAGGGAUCUGGGUUGAGCGAAGCCUGGUUUAUUGGCCGGAAAAACACAAUGAUUGUAUUCAUGUAUCGACCCUCGCCUCAAAUUCCCAGCCCAUCACUCUACGCAGCCCAGCAGUGCUACUCUGCAGCCAUCUUUAACAUCCAGCUCCAGAAACGCCAAGUGGAAGGGCACUUGAUCGACAUCACCUGGAUCUUCACCCAGGCCAUCUUCAUGGCUCUCAAUACAGUGCUCUGGUGCCUAUCCUAUCCUGGUAUUCGUCAACAGCAUCCCCUGGAAGAGGUACAGAUGCACAUCCGAGACGCCCUCAGUGCGAUCGACCUGUGCGCCGACCGCUGGCCGGGAGUGCGCUCCGCUCAACAACUCUACGAAAAUCUCGUCUUCGGCUGUCUCAAGGCCUACGAAGCCGACAGCAAGGAAUCACCUGCGUCGCAAUCAGACUAUGUCUCCUCCACGGCGACCCAAGAUUUGUGUUCGUCCGCUGCGUCUCAGUUUGCGAACAGUCCAGCCAGCACAACAAAUACCUCGGUCUAUGGAGCCCAGUCCCCGCAAUCUAUUCACAGCGUACACGGCACACCAAACAAUCACAGCUUCAAGAACGCAGCGGCCGGCUACAUCGAUCAUUCGACGCAACAACAAUUCCUUCCUCAAUCGGAGAUGCUCCCUACAUCAACACAACCCCUGGCCAACCCGCAACAACAGUAUAUCCCCGUCACCGCACAUCCAUCCCUUCCCCGCAUCGAUGCUGCAUCCAUGCAUUACAGUCUUCCUGGCUUUGACCCACUUUCCUUCCCAGCAACCACCGGCGCCACCACGGAUGCUGGUGGUCCCUGGACAGCUGCACCCCUAAUCCCGGGGGUGAUCCCCGGCAUAACCGGCUCUCCCAAUAUGAACUACGAUGAACUUCCAUACCUUGCCUCUUUCGGUCAAGAGUAUAGUCGGUACAUGGGACAAUAUUUCCCUCCACCGGGCCCGCAAGGGCCUCCUGGUUCUACUGGGACGGGAGCGGUACCAGGCAGUCAUCGUGGUGCGGCUACCGGAGUAGGCAGUGCGGGUAAUUAUGCGAUGCAGAGCCUCAGUUCCCAGCAACAAAUGGAACUCAUGGCGAUUCUGGAGAGUGAGCGGAGUAAAGGCCAGCUGCCGGACGUAAGUGGAAUGGUUAGUGAUGCGACGACGUUUUAUACGGCGCAAUUGCCGUAA